AUGAGAUUUAUUAAAGAAGUAUAUACAGUAUCCUUUAUUGUAUUUGGAACACAUUAUGUUAUUUGUAGUUUAAUACCAAAUGGCAUGUAUACACCUUAUAAUCCAAUAGAUACACAAGUGCCUAAUAUAGAUAUACUCAGCAACCCGCUAAACACAUCAAUGCUGAAUAAUACAGAUAACCAAUCUGAAACCACUGACUCGGCUGUAAGAGUUGCCCAUGUUAUUAACAGCGCAGAGGCUGCUUAUUCUACAGAAAAACCACGGGAAACAGUAGAAGAGUUUAUUUUACAUAAUGAAAAUAUGUAUGGAAAUAUGUUUAAACUGAAUAAGCAUGAUGAAUCAUAUACUAACAUGAAAGCGGAUUAUAUGAAAUUAAAGAAACUAUUUAAAACAGCAAGGAGGAAGAAAAAGCAAUCUAAAGAAAAGAUUUUAAAUAAUAUAUAUACCAAAACUCGGCAUUUUAACAGAAUAAGAUUGAAUGGAUUUACAAUGAUAGGGCCUAUGGCUACAGAACUAGCAAGUGUAAUUGCAACUGAACAGGCAAAAGUACAUACAGAAAAAGAGGACAUGAUUCCAGCUAAAGGGAGUCGUUCUAAUUUUAUUAUAAGCCGUAUAACCCAAAAGAUUGAUUGUGAAGAUGCUGAAUUAAAACAUAUUAAUCGGCAAUUGAGUGAGGCAAUACACACUUCUUCUCGUCUUUUUAGAGAAAGAACUGUUGACUACAAGUGGUUUUCAAAAAACUUGGCGAUUUCAUUUAAUAUAUUGAAUAUGAUAAAUUCAAUCAGAGUGAAUAGGAUUCUAUCUACAUUCAAUGUGCAAAGAUUAAUGAAAUUUGACGAAGAGGCUGUUAACCAGAUGGAAUAUUACAAAGAAAUAAGAGAUAUUGAAUUAAAUAGAAAUAGUAGAGAAAUGACUAAAGAAGAGCGUGCACUAGACGAAUUUAACUAUACCUUAAAAUUUCCCGAAACAUUCAAAGCAAGCAUUUUAAAUGUUAAAUUUAAAAAAACUAUUAUUUCCUCCACGUGUGUGCAAAUAAUUAAUUUCGUUUUAGAAUUUAAAGAAGCUAUAAAGGCAGUGAAUAUAACUAAAAAAAUUAAAAACGAUAUAUUGCUUGAGUUCAGAUAUUCCUAUGUAUACGCAUUACGCGCACUAUACGAUUUAAAAGACAUAGAUGCAUACAGUUUUGACAAUACUAAACUAUAUAGCGUAGAAGAAUCUUUUGCAAAUUGCAUAGAUAGAUAUUUAAAAGCAAAAUCAAUAAUAUCAAAUUAUUUAGUAGAUCUUAAAGAAGAUAUAGAUAGUGAUUUAUCUAGGAUUGCACUCGAAAAACCCCAGAUUGCACCUUUAGAAAUCAUGUUAUCUACAAAAAACCAAGAUGACAAAAAAACAUUAGAUCAAAUUUCUAUUUUUAGGCAUUUUUUGUCCUUUGAAAAAAACCUGCAUUAUCGUGUGCAUAUAGGUAUGCGUAGCGUAAUUGAUACAAUUAACAGUAUCAUACAAGAAGAUACAGGCUCUUCCAUGAAAUAUUCAACAUACCUUAACAAUGUAAAAGUAAAUAAUGAUCUGAUUGAUAAAAUAAUAAAAAAAUACGAAUCAAUUCUGAUGAAAUUCAAUGUAUACAUAUAUUGA